AUGUAUCUCGAGCAUGUGACGACAGCAGGGUAUGCGUCUGAACGAGAAGUACAUUCCGUACUUGCAGAUGGCCGGCUUAUACCAUCUUGUAAGCUGAACAAGAGAUGGUUCAGACUGGAUGAGCCCCUGGUCAGUACAAUCGUUGAGCGCUGGCGUCCGGAGACGCACACAUUUCAUAUGCCGUUCAGAGAGUGCACCAUUACACUGCAGGACGUGGCAUACCAGUUAGGCGUGUUGAUCGAUGGACGUUAUGUUAGUGGUUGCCUGACAGAUUUUCAAACGUACAUCCAGGGUGGUCCGCUAGCUUGGGUGUGGUUUCAGGAGUUGCUGGGUGUGUUACCUGCUGUUAACCAAAUCCAGAAGUUUGCAGUGAACUGCAACUGGUUCCAGGAGACCUUUGGAGAGCUCCUUGAGGGAGCCGAUGAGCCCACAGUUAGGAGGUAUGCCCGGGCCUAUAUAAUGAUGCUGUUAGGGACUCAGCUAUUUGCUGAUAAGUCUAGCAACCGCAUUCAAAUUAGGUGGCUCCCAUACGUAGCUAGGCUUAAGGACAUGGGUGGCUAUAGCUGGGGAUCAGCUGCUCACUCGUGGUUAUACCGGUGCAUGUGCUGCAUGGCGAAUAGACAUGUGGUGAAGUUAGCCAGACCGUUAUAG